AUUCCCAAAUCGUUCCACUCCCGUUGCUAUAGGAAAUCGCAGACAAAAACAUUAAAAAAUUUAAUUAAAUUAACAAGAAGCGCUUUGUUUUGCUCAAAAAGUGCAGUUAUGGCUGCUUGAGACCAAUAACUUGAUAGUUAAGCGAGAUAUAGGAUUCACUGCCGCCCGAAAGAGGCAAAUUGAGUGCCGUGACGAAAGUCCAAUCGAUUGUUGACCGAAUUAAAGAUAAACCAAACAAUUGUGAAAAUAUAGUGCUAACCGCAAGUUAGAAACCAUGUUAUAUACGAUCAGGCUGCCGGGGAGGACUCCAAUUUGAUUCCGACAGCAAAGUACGACCAAUGUUUCGUGGGUGUGGCCUUUAGGCACACAUGUGUGGGCAUCCAUGAACCACGGGUGAUAUAUGCUAUAAGGAGGGAAUCCCCGCCAGACAUGCGGCUGGACACUCAACUGACCAACGGAUAAGCAAUAACUAGCAACUAGUAAUCAGGCGACCCACAUAAGAUUCCAACAAUGUUUUCCGAGGGCUUCGACACCGAUGAACUGGACACCAUCGCCGAUGUGAUGGGCCUCCGGUCGCAGGCGCGUCUCAAUACCUUUCGCGAAAUGUGGUACCACGUCUUCCUGUGGGCCCUCUUCUCCUCCAUUUUCAUCCACACCUGCGCCGCCGUGGUGGCCUUCGCCACGCUGCGGAAGCACAAGUUCGGGCGAUUCUUCUCGAUCCUGAUCCUGGUCAUGGGAUUCCUGUCGCCGGCCUCGAGCGGCAUCAUCAGCAGUGCGGUCAUCGCCUUCGUGCACCGCGCCUCCAGUCUGCCCAUGUCGCCCAUUUACGCCAUGAUCUGGGGCCUUGGACAGACCAUAGUCUCCGCCUGCCUGGGAUUCACCCGGAUCCUGGCCACGCUAUAGAGUACGGACUGAAGUUUAUAUGGCACUCUCAUCAUCGUCGCCCAAUCCAAUGUUCACGGACAUACCGGACAUAUUAUCAAUUCUUCAGGUGUGCAAACAACAAUUAAUUGAAUUCAUAGUUAUGUGUAUAGGAACAUUGUGAUUUUUAAAUUAUACCUUUACGGUGGGAAGAAUAAUGUAAAAUA